AUGAAAGCGGCUAGAGGACUUUACUGCACGGUCAACUGCGUCUGUCAACCUGCAGAGAACAAAGUUAAUUGUGUUUGCUACGACCCUGAUAUCGCAGGCAUCUUCACUAAAGAAGUUGAAAACCGUCUACCAAUAGUGCGCUACUGGAUCACAUUGAAGGAGAGCGAUUCGAACGCCUCUUCCGUUCUCGCUGUCAUACCAACAUUCGUCACUGCAGACGUGAUCAUUCAACUUGAUGAUCAAAUAGACAAAGUGAAACAAUAG